ACUGUAGAAUGCGAAAACCCUGGAUGUUUUUUGUUUCAGUGUUUCUUUUUUAUAAAUCCUUCAAAUUUUUCGUAUUGUCAACAAAAAUUCUUUCAUCACAUACAUUUCGGAAUAAUCUAAAAAAUUUGACAAAUGGAUGGUCCACUACGGACGACCAAGAAUCCAAAGAAUUUAGGUCAAAGGAUCAAAACAAUUAUCCUAAGUGCUGCAUUCCUUUUUGAAAGCAUUUGAAAAGCGCAUCCCAGAUAUCUAUGCAACAAUACAUCUCCCACCCCCUGUUUUUCAUUCUUAUCGGAUGGAGCACUCACCUUAACAGUUUUUCGAAGUGAAGAAAAAGAGGCUGGCGCAAGGAAAAAACAAUGGACUAACGAGGGCAGAGUGGACUCCGUUGAAAAUGGAGAUGUAGCCGGUGGAUAGAGAAAAGUUCAAGGAUGCUGGGGGCUUCAGUCUGGGGAAUAUCUUUGGUGCUUGCACAUUACAUAUCUUGUGUCGCAAAGAUAAUUGGCGGAACAUGGUUAAGUUGGUGAUUUUGGUGGGACUUGUCUUGUUCAGUGAGAUUUAUGGAAUUCCCACCACUGGCCACAGCCCAGAUGACUCACCAGUCUCGGAGAGACCCCGAGCAGACGGGUGGAUUACAUUCUCUCCCUCCUGGCCGUUCUCCUCAGUGAGCAGCCUCUUCCGCGACAACGAGCCCGCUGAAAACGGAAUGAAAUUACUGAAGAAGCGGAUCGAGAAUCUCGAGAAGUCUCAGAAGUCCAUCGUCGAAACGUUAAGAAGAAUAACCCUGAGUGGAGUCAAUUCAGCGUGCAAUACGAAGGAGAGUCCUCCGAGUGAAAAGCCGAUACUACCGUCGAAAAAUGAGGAAAUUAACAACAAGAAGAAAAUAGCAGUCAAACCGACAAGUCCUUUAACUUCUCCAGUCUCAACGGCCAUCGAUCAUUUGCCUGGGGGAGUGGACUCGACGAUUCCAUUGAAGAAUAGCCGAGUGAAAACGACUGUUCCGGUUGCUAGUGAAAAUUCGAUAGCUAGUACCACCCCGAAAUCCGUGAAAUACGAACGAUCUACAACGCCAAGUGGUAACGAGGACAAUAGCCAAAUUGUGAAAGUAACGGGUAUUGACAUUCCACCGGGCAAUCAGCCGUCUAGUGGUUCCAAUACUGACAGCGUAAUAUUUGAAGAUGAAAAAAAUCCUAAAGAAUUUCCCAGUUCAUCAACUUCACAAUUGGGAUCAAUCAGGGGACUUGCUACACCUGAAAGUGCCAAGCUGAAUACGAAAUUUGUCUGGAGUCCUGAGAUAAAUGAUGAGAAAAUAUAGAUUUAAAAGUCUACAAAAAUGUACUUCGAAAAGUCUCAUACGUCCGGAGAACAUGAGAUGAAUGAAAAAUUUGAUUAACACUUUUUCAAAAAUAUUCAUCCUCUGAUGGUGUUCACGAUUAAAAUAUCGUUAUCUUUAUUUUCAUCCUUGAUAGCAUUUUUGUAUAAGACUGAUAUAAUUUAUGUAUACUUCUGUAGCUACAAGUUAGCAUCAAAAUAAAAAAUUCUCGAUGAAUUAAAUCCAUUGUGAAGUUAACA